AUAAAUCAAUGGGGUUCACAUAACGUGGGCUACAAGGACCAGUCUCCUCUAUUUCUGCAUGCAUCAUUUAGAGGCAUAACAACGCUGGCAGGGGGAAGAGCAGCACGUGCUAUAUCACACGGGCAUGAACAGAUGAAGAUGCACUUGGGCAGCGCAGAGAUAUCUUUUCUUCGAUAAAGAUCCUUGUUCGCAACUCUCAGCCAAUCAGUUGGUGUUUAAGAAGGAGAGUCGAAACAAGUUGGGACCAUUCAUUCAUUGUGAAACUACAAAGAGGAUUGUAUUUGUUUGGUGGUGCUCUACACAAUAGGGAGCUACCUAGUGGAUUAUUGUACUUGCGACGCGGUGAAGGGGUGAAGUUUAGCCUUAGGGACAAAUGUUUUUGCACAUUGAAUAGAGUUGUGAACGUAUCCGGGAAUAUUACUACACUACACCAACUGAUCACAGACUUGGAUAUCAUUAAUAAACUUGUCUACUUGAGUUAAGUUAUCAUUGCAGACGCUAAUCAUGAAUCUCCACAUCUUUUGGAUAACACUUGUCACUUCUUGGAGCUUUUGUUAUGCAAACCUGAUAGAUGUGAUGCCAGACUGCUGUGGAAGGGGAGCCUCCUUUGCCAGUUUGGGUCGCACAUGUGAUGACCUUGAGACCAUUCCUGACAUAGCACCUGAAGAUCAGGAGACCUGUAUGGUUAUAAUGAAGUCCUGCUGUGCUCACAGUCUAGGACCCGUCUUGUGUGAAAGGGCCAUUAAUCACAGAAUGUCCGUAGGCAGUUGUCACUCUUUUAACAACAGCACGUGUUACUCAGCUGGCAAGGAAUGCUGUGAUUGUUGUGAGAUUGGUAUCAAUGCAUAUCAUGAUGGUAUCGAGUGUGAAUCCAUGAGCACAGGUACAUCAUGUGACCGUGCCUUCACCUACUGCUGUAAUGCAGCUGCCUCCAGCUAUGAUGAAAAUGAAUGUUCCCUGACCACGAGCCAUAGAUUGUGUACAGAGCGAUGCAUUAAUCUGAUUGGCAGCUAUGUUUGUGAGUGUCAUCCAGGCAAUCAUUUACUAGAGGACAACAUUACAUGUGUGUCAGAUGGUGACACACGACCCCCUCCUUUGGUCUUGAUGUGUAGUCAGGCACCUUGCCAGCAUGAAUGUCGGCAAGUUGGCAGAGAAUAUGAGUGCUACUGCCGAACAGGAUAUCGACUCAUGUCAGAUGGACAUACUUGUGAAGAUAUUGAUGAAUGUGCUGUGACUGAUCAACUGGCAUGCAACUAUGCAGAAAGAUGUAUCAAUACAAUUGGAUCAUUUAACUGCAUCAGUGAUGUUGUGUGCAGGAGUGGGCUCAGAUACGACCCUACAAAUCAGUAUUGUGUUGAUAUUGAUGAGUGCGCAGAGCGGACAGAUACCUGCGAUGAACUAAGCAUUUGUGAAAACAGGUAUGCCAGCUAUACAUGUCGUCAUGCUAGCUGUCCUGCAGGUUACUACUAUGACAGAACUUCAUCGCAAUGCAAAGAUAUUGAUGAAUGUGCUAGGGGAACUCAUGAAUGCCUUGAUGGAGCUCGAUGUGACAACCUUCCUGGAAGCUUUCAUUGUACUAGGAUAGUGCCUUGUGGUACAGGAUAUACAAUCAAUGCAAAUACACAACAAUGUGUUGAUAUUGAUGAAUGUAGUCAGGACAGCCACACCUGUCAGAGGACAGAAUUUUGUAGAAAUAUCAGGGGAAGCUAUGAAUGUGUGCCAUGUCCACGCGGUUUCAGGACUGAUGGCAAUGUGAACAGGUGUACACAAGAUAUCAAUGAAUGUGAGGAAGGAACAUUUGAAUGCAACGAUGGUACCCGAUGCCAAAAUAAUGUUGGAAGCUACACAUGUAUUUCUGUGUGUUUAAGUGGCUUUGAGUACAGUAGAAUUCGCCGUGCUUGUCUGGAUGUGGAUGAAUGUCGGAGAGGGAUUGCAAAUUGUGCACCCUAUGAAAUCUGUCAAAACACAAAUGGAAGCUUUACCUGCGGUUGUAGACGAGGAUUUAGACUAGGCUCAUAUGGGCGUUGUGUUGAUAUUGACGAGUGUCGAGAAGGAUUGAGUGAAUGUGAACCAAACCAGAGGUGCUACAACCUUCAAGGACAGUACCAGUGUCGCAACAUGUGCAGAAAUGGUUUCAGGUUCAACAACUUAAACAACUUCUGUGAAGAUAUUGAUGAAUGUGCCGAGGGGCUUGAUAUUUGUCAGAACAACCAACGGUGUAUCAAUCAAGAAGGUGGCUAUGUGUGUCAAUGUCCUCCAGGACACCAAGCGAAUAGAAAUCAAGCUACUUGUGAAGAUAUUGAUGAAUGUAGUCUUGGAUUAUGUAGAGGAACAUGCGAGAAUCUACCAGGCUCAUACCUCUGCACCUGCCCAACCGGAUAUGCUCUCAUGGAAAAUAAAGUCACCUGCAAAGACCUUGAUGAGUGCACAGAUGGAUCUCAUACUUGUAUUGGAGAUGAGGUUUGUUUCAACACACGUGGGGGAUACAAGUGCCAGAGCAUUAACUGCCCAGAAUACUAUGAACUAAGAGCAAGCAAUGACAUCCAAUGUGUAAAGCGUUGUCCACCUAAUGCACCAAACUGCCCUCGUGGAAACCUCAACAGUACCAUCAGUCAUACAUUUGUGGCUCUUCCAAGUAUUCCAUUCCUGCGUCAGCCAAUCAGACUGCUUACCAUAGGGCUUCCUAACUACAGAAGUGCUUAUGGAGGACAUUCACAGACAUACUUCAGAUCAGUCAGUGGCAAUGAAGACAAUUACUUUGUCAUUACAAGGUUAUUCCCAAGAGGUUUACCUACAGGUUACGUGUCCCUCCAAAAACCUAUCUCUGGACCCUAUGAAACCGUUCUUCACCUUGAGAUUGUCACAGAAGUGAGGAAUCCAGUCACCCGAAUGACGGAGGUGACAGCAACUUCUUACCUGAUGAUUCAUGUAGAUGUAGGAGAGCAUUCUUACUAAAUCCAAAAACCAAAGUGGAUCAUGAUAUAUGGAAUGCCACUGGAUAUUCUUGAGACAUAUGGACAGAUAUAUGAUAAGGUAGUUAACAAUGAAAAAUAUGAGUCAUGAGGAGGGUUGUUAAUUCAAGCAAUGACCUCUAACUUGCAGCCUUCUGUCAUACUGGAAUGAUUUUAUAUUGUAAGGAUUGAGCAUUUUUCAAUGUUUUUAUCAUAUUACUAUUCAUGAAUGCAAUGUGAGCCGUUAUGUAGUGAGAGGAUUUUGUGCUGUGUUAGCGUGUCAUAAGAAAAGGGGCAGUGGAAAAACACCUAGUGCCUGUAACUUAAAAGCUUCGCAAUAUAUAUAAAAAAUUGUGAUUGCAAGUCAAAAUCACUGAUAUGCAUACCGGUAUUGUUGAACAUCCUCACUAUCUAUCAAUCAAUCAGAAUUAUACUUUGAAAUUUGCAAUUGAUCACAAAUCUCUGUUACAUUUGCCCUGUAUAGGAGAUGGAGCGAGUACUUAAGUGGGUUACUGUACAAGUAGUACAAAACAAUCAGAAGCAAUCUUUGGGAUUGGUGCUAAAAUACUGUAUAUUGUCUGAAUUCUAAUGUUAAAUUAUGUACAUAGACAUCUUUUCACUGUGCAAAAUAAUGGUGCUGUACUUCAGUGUGCAUAAAUUUUUUUACCAUACAUUACAUGUAUCAAGUAAAGUUCAAAUCUUGUAAUAAUCAUUGAUAAAAAGUUAAUGUCAAUUAGUCACAACACUCCACAUGAUAUGACAUAUUUUCUGAUAAUAUUCAGUUUAAGUUGUGUGACAGUUUAAAUUGUACAUGUUCAAUGGCUUUUGAGCUCAGAGAUAACUGAUAACAUUUGCAUUUAUGCAAAUGUUAUCAGUUAUCUCUGAGCUAACUGAUAACAUUUGCAUUUAUGCAAAUGUUAUCAGUUAUCUCUGAGCUCAAAAGCCAUUGAACAUGUACAAUUUAAACUGUCACACAACUUAAACUGAAUAUUAUCAGAAAAUAUAAGAUAACAUUUCCAUCGACUCUUAUCCAAGUAAUCUUGGGCAAAGGUCUCAUCUGGUUAAAAUCCAUGAACAAUGUUUAUUUUUUGUCAGAGUUUACUCUGAACAUGACCAUCAUAAUUGAUAAGUUUUGGUAAUGCAUCCAUGAAUGACCAAAGGCAACCUAUCCCUCCCCCUCCCCCCAUAAAAAAUAAAAAGUAGUCUAGGGUAAAAUGUGAGUCACUGAUUAACCCAAUUUGGUCAUUAUCUUUGCCCUCGAGUGUUCGAAGUCCUGUGUACAUUUAGGCCCGAAUUCACAAAGAUGGACUAAAGUUAUACCGGGGUUUAAUUUAGCCAUGGGUUAACUAAUACCCGGGUAUAAAGUUAGUCCACCGCGCUAUUCACAAACGGUGGACUAACUAAUCCAUGGACUAACUUUAGCACCCAGGGUUAAAUUUAACCCAUGGCCGAGUAAUAUCCCGGUAUAACUUUAGUCCACCUUUGUGAAUCGCAAAAGUUAGCCCCUAGGGACUAACUUUAGUCCAUGGAUUAAAAUGACGUCAAAUGACGCAUUUUAUACCCCGGGUAUAACUUUAGUCCACCUUUGUGAAUUUGGGCCUUAAUGAUUAUUCUACAUCAAACAUUCAUUUUCUAAAAAGGAAAAUAGUAUUUUCAUCUAUGCAACAUUACAAAAAUAAUUAAAGGUAAGGUGUUUGUUGUGUUUUACAGAUUACUGAGGUCAUUACAUACAUGUUUCAUACUCUUUCAUCUUAUUAUAUGUAUGACUUGUAGAACUAUUGCUUAGGGAACUACACUAUUUAAUUUAAUUUUAUAUCAGAGUUUAUUUGAUGCAUAAUGUAAAAAUGUAAAAUACUUUCAAAAAUAGAUUCCAGUCUAAUUUUCCUAGAAGUCAACAUCUCCAAGUUUUAAGCUAUAAAGGAAUUGUGGAGUGAAGCCGAAGAUCAAUAUAAUAGAAGUGAGAUUUUACAUCAAUUUGAAGGAGACUGAUGUUCUUAAAUUAAAAUUGUUAAGUACUCUAAAUGUCAAUUCAUCUUGUAGUCUGAAGGAUGAUUUGUUGGUUAAUGAUAGAGUGUGACUUGUAUUUUUUUAAUCAUCUCAAAUUGAAUUUAUUAUCAUGAUUUCUUUUUGUAUUACCAAUCAUGUUUAUAUACUCCUCAACUUGUACAUAUUGUGUUUGUUUUAUAUUUCACUUUUUAUAUAAAGAUUUACAGUUACUGUAUGCCUCACUUUACAACACUUUCUUAACCAGCAUUAUGCACAUCGAAAAUCAAGAGUUGCUUAACUCAAUCAUUUUUAUAGCCUAUAAUCUAGGUGGAGGUUGCAACUAUUGUAUUUGUUUUUACAAGUUUGAUGCUAUCAUGCAAGACGAAAGCGAUACAUUUGAUGCGGCAAGGCUAAAGAGGAUGUGAAGCAAACACUGCCAUUCCCGUCUUGUGUUAGUCAUUGUUUUCUUUUUUUAUUGAUGAAUGUCUGGUGAAAGUUUUCCAUAUUGAAGUACGGUAGAUAAAAAGAAAACCACUACUUAAGCAAGAAAGUGUAGAGGCAUUGGUUGCUUCACACUCACUUUAGUCUUGCGGUAUCAGACGUAUUGCAUACAUUUAUGGGUAAUAAAUGCCGCUGCAGCCUCCAACUAGAUAAUAUUGGCUUUAGAUUUUGAAGCCUAAGUCUCACUCAUCAAAUAUAUAUUUUUAAAGUAAA